CCUUUAUACUGAUGGCAUGAUCCUGUAUGUUUGAUCCUCUGGUACAUUAUGCUUGCUGUUUUAAUUUAGUACGUCGAAAGAUCAUGGACAUAACAAAAAUAUAACUAUACAAUGUUACGAAGUAAAAAAUUUUUUUUUUUCAGAAUUUUAUUUGAGCUGAUAAUACGAUCAUAAUUCAUUGCUACAUCACAAUUUUUGUUGUAUCCAGGAUCUUUUGAUGCACUAAAUUAAUACAGCAAGCAUCAUGUACCACGGGAUCAAUGUAUUCAGGAUCAUGCCAUUGGGAUCAAGGGAUAGGUUUGGGUACGUAAUACAGAACUUUAACCGCAGUGGGGCUUUCACCCAGUGUCAAGGAGUCAUCCCCUUUAUUCUCCACAACUGUAGAAACUAUCACACCCAGUUUACCAUCCUACUUACACUUACUGAAAUUUCAACCUUCUGAAUUGAUCUUCCAUGCAAAUUCAUUUCAAAAGCCUCAGAAAUGCACAAAGCCUGCAUCCACCUGCUUUCCUUCAUAUUUUACUUUCACCAGACCCUCUACCUCCCAGACAUCCAUGUUCCACAGUGAAGUCUCCCUGCCUGCCAUAUCAUACCACCCCAAUCUGUCAGUUUCAACACAUAGAGCUAUGAGACUUUCCAUUACGUUACCCACGCUAGAUGUCAGGCUGACUAGUCUGUAGCUUGGAGGGUUUACCCUGUCCCCACUGCCUCCUUCCACAGCUUCGGUAAGUUCCCGUUCUCAAGUGACAUGGCAAACAGUGACCUCAAAUAUCUACAUACUUUCUUGCCCCUCAGCUCGAGGUAGCUGUUACCAUCCGGUCCGGCGGCCUUUCUCCCAUUCAGCCACUUACGCCCAUGUUUCAAGCCGUAGCCUCCUUUUAGCUGGACAUCUUUUACUCCAGACCAUGCGUUCCACCCGCAAAGACAAGACAGAACACACAAGAGUUGCAUCAUGGAAGAGCCAGAGAAGUCGCACUCAUGUGAUGCACCAGGUUGUAACAUGUUUGAGGACGGCGGCCACUUGGUAGUCCACAAGAAGAAGCACGAGAUGGCGCUGAACCUGGGCAACGGGCAGAACUACACGUUCGUCGCGGACCAGACGCCCACGCCGACGCGCUUCAUCCGGAACUGCGAGGAGCUGGGGCUGUUCCAGGACCUGCAGAACGAGAACCCCUUCGAGGAGACGUUCCGGAAGGCGGUGGAGAUGGGCAAGACGGGCUACGGAGCGCUGCACCAGGUGGAACACCUGCAUCUCGGGGCGGGGUCGGACGACACCUUGCACACUCCGCACGUCUUCCCCUACAUCUCGGAGGACGCUCCCGGCAGCACCUCGCCGGGCCGGUCCGUCAUCUCGUCCCUGCCGGCGGCCAAGCCCAGCACCAACCACGACGCGAGGGUGAUCGCGGUCGCCCUCAGGGACGGCGACGAGACGGCGAUGCCGGAGGUUUCGCCGCACGACGUCUCCAAGUCGGUGGUGCGCCAGGAGGCGGACACCUCCCAGAGGCGGAGGCAGUCCAGGUGCGUGGGCGACGGCGCGGUGAAGCAGGAGCCCGAGGGGGGAGCGGGCGGGGCACAGCUGCUGCUGCGCAUGCCGGACGGCAAGCUGGUGGCACUCUCGGGCGUGCAGACAGCUGGUGCCGGCGCCGGCGCCCACCAGACGGUGCUGACCUUCGCGCCCGCCCACUCGGCGCCGCCCCAGGCGCCGGCCGCGACCAACAGCGUUGACUCCUUGUUGGCUGAUGUCCCUGCGAAGAGCACAGCCGCGGAGGCCUGCAGCAGCUCUCGACCGUGUGUGUCGCUGGCCAAGCAGAAACUGAAGGAGGUGCUGACAGGCGUGUCCAAGAACCGUGCCAAGAACAACGGUGCUGCACACAAGCCUCUCCCUGCGAAAGUUAGCAUUCCGAGGAGACCGUCAUCGCACGACAUCCUGGCGAUCACCGACCUUCAGCCGUCUUCCACGUCGUCGGCGAGGGACGCCGAGGGGGCGAACCCCGAGGACGACGCGGCCGAGAGGAAGCGGAAGUUCCUGGAGAGGAACAGGGCGGCGGCGAUGCGGUGCCGGGAGAAGCGGCGCUCCUGGGUGCAGGCGCUGGAGCGGCGCUCGCGCGAGCUGGAGGCCACCAACCAGCAGCUGCAGUCGGAGGUGUCGGGGCUGCGGGCCGAGGUGGCUCAGCUCAAGACCCUGCUGCUGGCCCACAAGGACUGCCCCGUCACGCAGGCUCUCGCGCAAGGGGCCCAGGUGACCAUCGUGCCCUCGCAGCAACCGGCCGAGCAGGUGAUCAACGUGACGCUCCCGGUCGCGCAGGCGACGGGCCGGGUCAUCCUGGCAGACGCCGCGCCGCCCAGCAGGAUCGUGUCCCCUCGCCGGCGCGCAGCCCACCUCGCGCCGUCUCCUCGGCACCGCGCCGUGCCGGAGAAGCCGCCCGCGUCCGACGGCAUCCUCCUGCCGCCGGGCCACCAGAUCUUCUCCGUGGCGGGACUGCAGCCGGCGACGACCUACAUCCUCGCCGCGGCGCCGCCCCGCGCGGAGCCCCUGCAGGUCAUCAAGGUGAACCCCAACGGGGCGCUGGGGAACGCCAGUGCAGCCGCGGUGGACCCGAGCGCCUCUCUGGAGGGCACCGACGCCAUGCUCACGAAACCCAACCCCGCGCUGUUGACCGCCGGUGCCGCGCUGGAGACCCCGGGCGCCGCGCUGAUGGAUCACGUCAAUGUUCUCAAGAUGGAUGUGGACAGUGACAAUGAGGUGGAGGUGGUGGCGGAGAUCCCGACGGGCAUCAGGCCCAACAGUUGAUGCCACCACUACUUCUUCCUCUCCCCCGAGUCAGUGCAGUGACCGCUUGGCACUGUGUUUGCGUGGCACCAGAUGGCCGUGUGGCAGACACAGUGAUCCUGGGGCACCAGAUGGCCGAGUGACAGACACCGUGAUCCUGUGGCACCAGAUGGCCGUGUGGCAGACACUGAUCCUGUGGCACCAGAUGGCCAUGUGACACAGUGAUCCUGUAGCACCAAAUGGCCGAGUGACAGACACAGUGAUCCUGUGGCACCAGAUGGCCAUGUGGCAGACACAGUGAUCCUGUGGCACCAGAUGGCCGUGUGGCACAGUGAUCCUGUAGCACCAAAUGGCCGAGUGACAGACACAGUGAUCCUGUGGCACCAGAUGGCCGUGUGGCACUGUGAUCCUGUAGCACCAGAUGGCCGAGUGGCAGACACAGUGAUCCUGUGGCACCAGAUGGCCGUGUGGCAGACAGUGAUCCUGUGGCACCAGAUGGCCGUGUGGCAGACACAGUGAUCCUGUGGCACCAGAUGGCCGUGUGGCAGACAGUGAUCCUGUAGCACCAAAUGGCCGAGUGACAGACACAGUGAUCCUGUGUCACCAGAUGGCCGUGUGGCACAGUGAUCCUGUAGCACCAAAUGGCCGAGUGACAGACACAGUGAUCCUGUGGCACCAGAUGGCCGUGUGGCACAGUGAUCCUGUAGCACCAAAUGGCCGAGUGACAGACACAGUGAUCCUGUGGCACCAGAUGGCCGUGUGGCACUGUGAUCCUGUAGCACCAGAUGGCCGAGUGGCAGACACAGUGAUCCUGUGGCACCAGAUGGCCGUGUGGCAGACAGUGAUCCUGUGGCACCAGAUGGCCGUGUGGCAGACACAGUGAUCCUGUGGCACCAGAUGGCCGUGUGGCAGACAGUGAUCCUGUAGCACCAAAUGGCCGAGUGACAGACACAGUGAUCCUGUGUCACCAGAUGGCCGUGUGGCACAGUGAUCCUGUAGCACCAAAUGGCCGAGUGACAGACACAGUGAUCCUGUGGCACCAGAUGGCCAUGUGGCAGACACAGUGAUCCUGUGGCACCAGAUGGCCGUGUGGCACAGUGAUCCUGUAGCACCAAAUGGCCGAGUGACAGACACAGUGAUCCUGUGGCACCAGAUGGCCGUGUGGCACUGUGAUCCUGUAGCACCAGAUGGCCGAGUGGCAGACACAGUGAUCCUGUGGCACCAGAUGGCCGUGUGGCAGACACAGUGAUCCUGUGGCACCAGAUGGCCGUGUGGCAGACAGUGAUCCUGUGGCACCAGAUGGCCGUGUGGCAGACACAGUGAUCCUGUGGCACCAGAUGGCCGUGUGGCAGACAGUGAUCCUGUGGCACCAGAUGGCCGAGUGACAGACACAGUGAUCCUGUGUCACCAGAUGGCCGUGUGGCACAGUGAUCCUGUAGCACCAAAUGCCCGAGUGACAGACACAGUGAUCCUGUGGCACCAGAUGGCCGUGUGGCACUGUGAUCCUGUAGCACCAGAUGGCCGAGUGGCAGACACAGUGAUCCUGUGGCACCAGAUGGCCGUGUGGCAGACAGUGAUCCUGUAGCACCAAAUGGCCGAGUGACAGACACAGUGAUCUUGUGUCACCAGAUGGCUGUGUGGCACAGUGAUCCUGUAGCACCAAAUGGCCGAGUGACAGACACAGUGAUCCUGUGGCACCAAAUGGCCGUGUGGCAGACAGUGAUCCUGUGGCACCAGAUGGCCGUGUGGCAGACACAGUGAUCCUGUGGCACCAGAUGGCCGUGUGGCACAGUGAUCCUGUGGCAUCAGAUGGCCGUGUGGCACAGUGAUCCUGUGGCACCAGAUGGCCGUGUGGCACAGUGAUCCUGUGGCACCAGAUGGUCGUCAUGUGGGCUCCCAUGACAGGCAAGCUACAGUUCGGGUUGUAUCAUGGUGCUCCAGAGAAAAGUUCUCAGCAAUGCAUCUUAUGUGUGUUCAUGGAGAGUUACAAUAUAAUGGUGAAGCUAAAACUUGUGGGUCGUCUUUAAUAUUCGAUCUUGUGCAUAUACCACGUGACUAUUUGUGAGAUUAUUUUGUUUCACGUCAAAGUUCCUAUCUAAAAUGUUAUUUGUGAUUAAAUUUGCUGUGUGUGACAACAUUAUGUUGCCACCCAACAUGAAACCUAGUAUUCAGCUACCUCAAGGGAUGCAGAGACAUGACUUUCUGUGUAGUGUAAAGAUGAUAGUCUUGGGGUUAUGUGUAUUUUUUUUUAUCAUGCUAUGUUUUGAGUUGGAAAUUUUAGAGCCUGACCUUGAUAUAGAAUUAGAUGAAAUGAUGACAGUUCUAAUGAAUGAUAAUGUAAAACUUGCAUCUUAUGGUUGUAAAGAACUCCUUGUGUAAAAAGUCACUUAAGAAUGAUAAUAAGCUAACAACUUAUUGCCUUAAUCUGAAGGGCUUAACAAGAGGUUGCAAACUACCCUAAAUACGUCCAGUCAGUUUACCGAAAGGAAAAUACUAAAAAUAACUUCAUAAAAACUAUAACAAACAUUUUAGAGUAAUUAAGUUUUAAACUUGAAUCAAGUGACGCAACAUUCUCAAAAGCUUCUGGAAGUCGUGGCCUUCAGUUGGAGCAGCCAACCGGAAAAAUAAAGUGUAAAUAAACCAUCUAAAAAUAAAAAUUUGAACAUACAGCUAAAAACAACAGAGGGCAUUUGCAACCAAAUAAAUAAAUAAA